AUGUCCGGACAUAUUGGUGGUGUCCGAAAACUUAUAUCCACCAUUGAACCAAAAGCCAUUUAUGUGCACUGUGCCAGUCAUUCAUUAGAUCUUGCAAUUUGUGAUGCUUGUGGUGACAGGAAUAUCCAAAUAUUUUUCGGUACAGUUAAAACAAUUGUAAAAUUUAUUAGAUCCUCACCUAAAAGGCAAAACUUAUUGAAGAAUGCAAUAACAGCUACACAUUGUGAUACAAAACGACAAAAAUUAUCAAAAUUAGUUGAACAUCGUUGGGUGGAAAAACAAACUUCGAUUUUAGUCUUUAAACAAUUCUUUUCUAGUAUAAUGGUAGCACUUGAAUAUAUGAUUGAAAAUGGUGAUUCAGAGACAAGUGCUAAUUCUCGGGCUUAUUUAAAAUCUAUAACAGAUUUAGAUUUUAUUAUUUGUUUAUUUGUUGUUUCACGUGUAUUUACAAUAUUAAAACCAUACACAGAACUGCUUCAAAGUAAGAAUUGUGAAUUAACUCAAUGUUAUGAUAAUAUUCAAGAUGUAGCUACACAUCUUGCUGAAUUGAAAUAUAAUGAAAAGAAAUUCGAUGAACUUGUUAAUGAAUUGGAUAUUUUCUUACAUGAUAAUGAUAUUACGUGCACAAUUCCACGAACAAAUAAGUUUAAAAAUGUUACUGAUUAUCUAAGACAUACUUAUGAAAUAUUUGUCGAAACAACAUUGUCAGAAUUAGACACAAGAUUCAGCAAACAUCAGAAGGAUAUAGUUAAUAUUAUUAAUUUAUUACCUUCAACUGUUGUUGAUAAAACAUUAAUUGAUGUAAAUAAUAUAUUUGAAUUUUAUCAAAGUGAUUUACCAUCGAACAAUAUUGAUGUUGUAAAAGCUGAAUUUGAGUUGUGGCAACACAAAUGGAAGAAAACUCCAGCAAAUGAAAGACCAUCAAAUAUUUUUACUACUUUAGAUGUACUUCUUCCAAUUAAAUCAUUUUUUCCUAACUUAAAUUGUUUGUUUGAAAUAUUUGCAAUACUACCAGUGACUGUUGCAACAGCAGAAAGGUCAUUUUCCACGAUGAAAAGAAUAAAAACAACGCUUCGAAAUAGUAUUGGUGAUAAACGUUUGAGCGAUCUUGCUUUAAUUCAUGUUCAUCGUGAUGUUGCAAACAACUUAAAUGUAGAACAUGUAAUCGAUGUGUUUUCCAAGAACAAGAGGCGAAUCAAUUUCGCCAAACCAUAA